CGGGAGGGGAGGCCUGAGGGGAGGCGGGGCUGGAGCGGUCCUGAGGGAGCUGAGGGAGCCGGGACCCGCACCAUGCCGGGGCUCGUGGUGUUCGGCCGCCGCUGGGCCAUCGGCAGCGACGACUUCGUGCUCCCGGGGGCCUUCGAGCUGUUCGUCAGGCUCGUGUGGUGGAUCGGGAUUCUUGUCCUUUAUGCGGUUCGCAAGGGGCAGUUUAACUGCCCCGGGGGAGGAUUGCUGCACAGCUACCUGCUCGGCCUCCUCAUCCUUCUGGCUUCCAUCAUAUGUGCGCUCUCUGCUCUUGUAUACAUCAGUAUGCAAGGAACAAUUUCRAAUCCAGGCCCAAGAAAAUCACUUCCCAAAAUACUUUACACUCGCCUGCUUCUCUAUUUCCCUGAAUUCAUCUGGGCUGUUGUAGGAGCUGUGUGGGUGUCAGACAACAGUGUGCAGUGUGAGAAGACUGUGAUAAAUGGCAUCAUUGUGACAGUUAUUGCCAGCUGGAUUAUCAUCAUCUUUACUGUCAUUGGAGUUGUCAUUGUCUUUGACCCGCUCGGGGGGAAGAAGACGUUCUACCUGCCCGACGGUGUGAGCCGCAACCUGGAGAGCAGCCAGUCGGGGCAGCUGCUGUACAACGUGAAGAGCUCUGCCACCAGGGUGUGGGAGAAGAGGAUCCGCCUGCUGUGCUGCUGCAUCGUGCAGGACGAUGAUCACCGUGUGGCUUUCACCAGCAUCGCMGAGCUCUUCCGAAACUACUUCUCUGACACUGAUCUGGUGCCAAGUGACAUAGCAGCUGGCUUGAUUCUGCUCCAUCAAGAGCAAGAUAAAAUGGAAAAUUGUCCCAAAGAGCCUGAAGAAGUCCUGUGUCAUUCUCCAUCUUCUCUUGUGGCAGAUGAUUUGGAUGUUGAGCUGGAGAAUGCUGCUCACUACAUGCUGUUUGCUGCAGCUGCCUAUGGCUGGCCCUACUACGUGUACACCAACCCAUAUACUGCACUCUGUAAGCUCAAUGGUGACUGYUGCAGAAACAGACCAACAGAUUCUGAUAUAACGGGCAGUGAUCGUCAUAACUUUCACUUUGGAUCCAUCCUAAAAAUAACAGGACUGCAGUACAGAGACUUCAUCCAUAUCAGUUUUCAUAACAAGAUCUAUGAAAUUCCCUUUUUUGUUGCUUUGGAUCACAAAAAAGAAGCUAUUGUGGUUGCAGUGAGAGGAACCUUGUCUUUUGAGGACAUUCUCACUGAUCUCUCAGCCGACUGCGAGGACCUGACGCUGGAGGAUGUUCUGGAGAAUGGCUUUGUGCAUAAGGGAAUAACUCAGGCWGCAAAUUACAUCUAUCGAAAACUAAUAAAUGAUGGAAUUUUAAACCAGGCUUUCACAAUUGCCCCAGAAUACAAACUUGUGAUAGUUGGUCACAGUUUGGGUGGUGGGACAGCGUCGAUCUUGGCCAUCAUGCUCAGGAACUCCUUCCCCACKCUGAGGUGUUACGCCUUCUCUCCCCCAGGAGGGCUCCUCAGCAAAUCACUUGCAGAUUACACUAAGCACUUUAUUGUGUCAGUCAUUGUUGGAAAAGACCUUGUUGCAAGGUUAAGUAUGCCCAACAUGGAGGAUUUAAAGAGAAGAAUUGUGAGAAUUGUGGCAAAUUGCAACAGACCCAAGUACCAGAUUUUGCUGCGGGGCUGUUGGUACGAGGUGUUUGGAGGGGAUCCUGAUGACUUCCCCACAGAGCUGGAUGGAAGGAGCCAGGAUGCCCUGAGGCAGCCCCUCCUGGCCGAGGAGAGUCUGAUGGUUCAUCGGUCACCUUCGUACAACGCCCUCGAGGAGGAAUCCCACUUGAAUUCACCACCUCAGUACCCUCACCUGUAUCUGCCUGGAAAGAUUAUCCACAUCGUUGAAGAAUGCAGCUCUAGGAGGUUGUGUUCUUCAGAUAUUAAAUACACGGCAAGAUGGUCGAACGAAACGGUCUUCAGCAGCAUUUUAAUAAGUCCCAAGAUGAUCACAGACCACAUGCCAGAUGUUGUGCUGAAAGCUCUGAACAGUUUGUCUCAGGAACAUGGAUCAUGUCUUUCUUGUCAAACGCGAGAAUACAACCCCAGUGCAGUAUAACCACAGCUCGAGGACGACCUGUGGGGCUUUUUUGCAGGUUUCAGGUAUUCAGGACACAUUCCACUUCAUUGCUUAAGUGGAUUUCAGUACUUUUCUCACGUUGCGUAGAAYGAACAAGGGUCUCAAGGCCCUUGCCUGUGCAGCGACCUCGGGGAAUGUUGUUCUGCUGGAAGCACAGACUCUGCCUCUGUGCUGAAGGUUGGGCUUCUCCACAAAGCUCAGGAUGAGCCGCUCCGGCCGAGCCUGGGCACGCUGGCACGGGAGAGCCAGAGCUGAACGCUUGACCAAAGUGAAUGUGAGCGAGGAUGGCACAGCCACAGAGCAGAGCAGAGUCCUGCCAGCCCUUCAGCACCCCCUGCACCUCCACUGCUGCUUCCAGGACCGUUCAGGUGGGCAGAGGGGCUGUGGGGAGGCACAGGGGCUGCAGGGACAGUGGAGCCGAGGGGGCCCUGGGGAGGCACAGGGGCUGCAGGGACAGUGGAGCCGAGGGGGCCCUGGGGAGGCACAGGGGCUGCAGGGACAGUGAGCCCCAGGCUCAUCUCAGCCAUUGCACUACUUUUCUUCCAGACUGGGCUGGGAUCCCGGGGUGGGGGAGGGCUUGUUGUGAUGAAAGGCUGCUUGGAUGUACAUGUGCAAUAUCCCUUCAUCUACCUGUCUUUUGUAUGUGUUGAUCUACAUCACUGCUUUUAUUGAUUUUAAACUAAAACUACUUAACAAGGAGAAAAAAAUACUGUCCAGGCCCUGGCAUCAUGUUGGUCACCAGGCCUAGCUCCAGCUACUGAGCACCACGCGUAUUCUGCCAAGAAUGUGUAACCACUUGUACUGAUUUUUAAAAAGCAGAGUCCUUGUUUCCAGUGUGUAACUUUUUUUUCCUUUUUAAGGCUCAGCAGCAUUUAUUUUUAAAAAAUUAUGUAAGUAAAMUAUGAUGUGGUUGAGAAUUACCUGUGUGGAUGUUCUCGCUGUGAUACUCAGUAUGGAGACAGAAUUAAAGGUACAAAUAAACCUUUGGCUCCUGUGCAGUGCCAGGUACCAGUGCUGCAGUCAGAGCUGCCCUGCAGGGUCCKGGGGCACAGCCUUGGAUGCAGCUCCAGAGGAGAGCGGCCAACAYGCAGAGCAGGCUUUAAAUAAAAGCCUGGAAUCUGGGGCAUUUAAGCACAGACUGUAACAGGUUCAGAGGAAAGAACACUUCUGUUUGCACAGAGAGGAGUGGAACACAGAACCUGCCCCCACUGUCAGCUGCUCUCAGCACUGCACAGGCAGGAACACGGGGCAUGGAACAAG